CUAAAAAGACAACCCACGACUUCGGUGGGAUCUAAGUUCCUUUCUCAUUCCUCAACAACCGAUCUGGGACUUUUCCCCUCAGAUUCAAACUAACUCUGCAAUUCCCUUCGGUUUGGAUCUGAACCCAUAAACAAAAACAACAUGUUCCUAUUCGAUUGGUUCUAUGGCAUUCUAGCUUCACUUGGUCUUUGGCAGAAAGAAGCCAAAAUUCUUUUUCUGGGUCUCGAUAAUGCCGGAAAGACCACCCUCCUUCACAUGCUUAAGGACGAGAGAUUAGUUCAACACCAGCCAACCCAACACCCCACUUCAGAGGAAUUGAGCAUUGGGAAAAUAAAGUUUAAGGCUUUUGAUUUGGGUGGUCAUCAAGUUGCCCGCAGAGUCUGGAAAGACUAUUACGCAAAGGUGGAUGCAGUAGUAUACCUCGUUGAUGCCUAUGACAAAGAGAGGUUUGUGGAAUCAAAGAAGGAGCUCGAUGCCUUGCUUUCAGAUGAAGCGUUGGCAAAUGUUCCAUUUCUUGUGCUAGGCAACAAGAUUGACAUUCCAUAUGCUGCUUCUGAAGAAGAGCUACGACAUCAUCUAGGCCUAACCAAUUUCACUACGGGUAAGGGAAAGGUAAACCUCACAGAGUCCAACCUUCGGCCUCUCGAAGUGUUCAUGUGCAGCAUUGUCCGCAAGAUGGGAUAUGGUGAUGGAUUCCAGUGGGUCUCUCAAUAUAUCAAGUAGAGUUGGCAUCGAUUUUUCCUCCCUUUGCUUGGUCUACUAGCACUGUCUGCAGUUAGUUACAUCGGAAGAGGUUUUAUCUUUGCUUUUGCUUUUGAUGAUUUGAUUUUGAUUGGAUUAUUAUUUGAUACAACUGCAGUAAUGUUAUGUGUCACACUUUGUAUCUCUAGAAACAUUUUUCUUUGUGAGGUGGGGGACAUUUUCUGUUGAAAACUUGAAAUACUGGGUUCUAUUGUAGGGUGGUAUGAUUGGGGAGAAACACAAUGUCUAAUAAAUCUGGAUCAAGUCUUUUUCCACUUUAAUCCCAGAGGAUUUUGACUGGAAGCUGAGCUUUCUCUGCUCUCUUUCUUGUGAAUUCAUUAUGUUUGACUAGUAUGAGAAUAGAGAGAAAGGGGAUGUAUUUGAAUCAACUUGUGCAUGUUCUAUGAAGAUUUGAUUCUCCUGUGGCUGAGACUGAAAAUGACAAAUGAAAAUAAGCUAUUU